UUGGUAUCGAGUUCGAAAAUAACGUUUGUGUGUUUUCGUUGUUUGCUUCGAAAACCACGUGCCUCUCGAAGGCGAAGGAAACCGGAAGCGUAUCGAAACUUCGAAAGAGGUGGAAAAACGUUGUCGGGCAAAGACACCGGGAGAAACGAUCUUAUCGAGCGCCAACGAUCGAAACUCUUUGACCCGAGACAGCUCUCAAAGGUUUUCGAGGACACUAAAAAAAUCUCAAAAAUGAAGUUUUUCUCGACCUUCCGUUGCAUUCUUCGUCAACCCAUUUCCAAAAUAUCGAUUUUAGCGCGUGUCGCUAUACUCGUUAUCGAAAAACCGAAAGAUUUAUGUCGCUGCAAAUAUUUUUAACUUCGCGAAACUCCUUUUCCGUCGCAUCGAACGCAGCCCACCAAUUUUCGUGUUCUCAGUUCCUGGCAACUGAAAAUCUGAAAAAAUCGAUUAAAGGGCCUUGCUCAAAUGUGCAAACACGGCUUUUGGGCGGGCCUGUAAUCCGUCGACUUCUGAGGCAGCCUGUAACGUUUGAGAACAGUAAGCCUCGGUUAAAUUAGGCUACAACGCCGUACCACCAGACGAGAUUCCUCGCAGUUCGUAUCAGCUCGCAAGGCGUCAAACAACUUCGUGUUACUUCGCGAAGUACAAACAUUGUUGCGUUUUGUCCCGUCAUCCGCGAUAAGAUGAAAAGUUUAGCAAUUGUUUUUCCACUCAUACUUCUCUUUUACGUCGCUUAUUCUUACAAUUAUGUUAAAAAAGUGGAGAUACCGGAACUUCCGGAAAUCUGGUGGGGACCCGGAAGUGAAGAAAAAUCGGAUACUUCCAUAAGACCCUUCAAAAUAUCCUUCAGCCAAGAGGACAUAACCGACCUGAGAUCACGUUUGAAAAGAACGAGACAAUUUCCAGCUGCGCUGGAAGGAACCGGUUGGAGUUACGGCGUUGAUGGAAGCUAUUUGCCCAUAAUUCUUCAACAUUGGUACGAAAAGUAUGACUUCGCAAAGCGCGAAGCUUACCUCAAUCGUUACCCACAAUUCUUGACGAACGUUCAAGGCUUGGACAUUCAUUACGUGCACGCAAAACCGCAAAAUGUCACUUCGAACAAGCGGCUUUUGCCGUUGCUGUUGCAGCACGGUUGGCCGGGCUCGGUCGUUGAGUUUCAUAAGAUUUUGCCCAUUCUGACAACACCUCGUGACGAAUAUGAUUUUGUAUUCGAGGUUGUCGCGCCCUCCCUUCCGGGUUUCGGCUUUUCGAGCUCAGCCGUCAGACCUGGACUCGGAAGCCCUCAAAUGGCCGUCGUUCUCAAAAACCUCAUGCUGAGAAUCGGCUUCGACAAAUUUUACACUCAGGGCGGUGACUGGGGCGCCAUCAUCACGGCUCAUCUCGCUGCUUUGUUCCCCCAACAUGUUUUGGGCGUGCAUUCGAACAUGUGCGUUGUUCUGAGCUCGAACGUCUUAUUGAAAACUGCGUUAUACGCAAUUGCGCCUUCGUUGGCAGUGGCAAAAGAAGACGAAAGUUUGAUGUAUCCAUUGAAGGGAAAAUUAAUGCGGCACGUCGAAGAGACCGGAUACUUCCAUAUUCAAGCCACGAAACCAGACACUGUGGGAAUCGGGUUGAUCGAUUCCCCCGCAGGAUUGGCCGCUUACAUUCUCGAAAAGUUUUCCACAGCAACGAACGGGACGUACAGAUUCAGGGCGGACGGUGGUUUGUUUGAAAAAUUCGAGGCUGACGAACUGAUCGACAAUUUGAUGAUGUACUGGAUACCCAGAAGCAUGACGACCGCCAUGAGAAUAUAUGCGGAAACGUUCAACAUGAAAACCCGCAGCCUCGGGAUCGAUUCGGUCCCGAUCAACGUUCCGAGCGCUUGUGCCCAAUUUCCUAACGAGAUUAUUCACCAACCGAUGGAAUUUUUGAAAGAUCGGUUCAAAAAUUUAUUACGCGCUACGAGGAUGCCGAGGGGAGGGCAUUUUGCGGCGAUGGAGGAGCCGGAGUUAUUGGCCAACGAUAUUUUCGAGUCCGUCGAUGAAAUGGAGAAAUUUAGGAAAAAUUUGGAAAAUGAGAAAGUUUGUGACGAACUUUGAAUCUCAAGGUCAACUAACUUUCAUUUUUUCUUCAAUUCUCGAUUCGAAAAUUCCACCUCGAAAUUCGUCACCGAAAUUUUAAUUCUUCAAGAAUUAUUCAACCUUGGAGAGUAAUGAAAAACUCUAAUUUUCAACUAUCUUUACUUUCCUCGAACGCACCUUAUUUUGAAAUUGAUUAAAUAUUUUUCAAACUUUCCGGAAAAAAAAACUUCCAACCCACCAUCGAUUUUUAUAAAUCUAUCGCAGUCGGUAAUGCGAGCAACGUCUUUACCGACAUCAACUUUACCAACAGUAUUGACUCGUUCCGCCGUCGCCGCGCUCGCAGCAAUAAUUUUUUUCCUGCAAUCUAUUCGUUAGUAAAAAAUCAUCACCCACUAAUUAAGAGCAGAGCAUUUUUGCUCUUAUCUUUGAAAUUGUUGGCAAACGAAUUAGUGUGAAUGAGAAUAAAAUAUUGCAAAUGAAUACAACGUUAUUGCAUCUUUAUCGUUAUCUUUUCAAUAAUUGAAGACGUUUGCACUUUAGUUUGACUUCCUUAUAUUGACUCUAAUUUCAUGAGCAUAUCAACCGUUGGUAAAUUUUAUGAAAAUGAUGGAAAUAAUAUUGGCGAAUAAAUUAGUUAUCAAGUUUUAUAAUAAAUUGAAUAAAUUAAGAAUUUUCUAUUCGACCAUCAUUUUUCGACGAGUUACGAACGUUGUGAAUAGAGUUGAUUGCUACUUUUUAAAUAUUGCACUGUCUACGACAAUUUUAUUCGAAAAUUUAAAAAAAUAAUGAUUCAAUAAAAAAUACAAAACUGGGGAAUGGAUGGAAGUUUUGGUGGUCAAGAAUUAUUUUGUGGAAUAAAAAUUCUAUGAAUGCGUGAUUGAUUAUAAUUUUUUUUCAAUAUAUCACCAAAUUUUUUAAUAAGUUUUGAAAAAGACUGUUUAAAAAUGGAAUUUUGUCAUUUGAGAGUGGUCAGAAUUUCUCGCUUCGCAACGGUUUGUUGUUUUCAAACAUUACUCGACGCAUUUGACUGUAGAUAAAGCACAUGACGACGCUAAUAUCGCUCUUGAUAUCUGUGCGAUGAUAAUAGUGGGUGUUGCGUAACGAGGAAAAAAAACAAAGAAACGAAUGUUAUUAUCGAUGAGAAGGCGUAACUGUGACUUGGCGCUUCGCAUCAAGGUACGCGCUGAGACGCCCGCACGAUCUCGCGGAUCGCUAAUACUCCGCAACAAAUAUAAUUAUUGAUGAAGCGACGAACGGGUUUUUUAUGAAUCAAUUAAAAACAAAGUAUCACAGGCGCGACCUUCGACAGUCAAGGAGUUUCGGUACAGGCGAUACAAUGUUGCCAUGCUAAACCAUGCUAAAAACAUAAAAAAUUUCAAAAAGUUGAGAAUUUUAUAAAAUUUGGUGAACAUAUUCUUUAGUGCCAAAUUUGACAAUACAAAUUUUUCAAGAUUUUUCUUCUACACAGUUAUCGAGUAAUUGAUCACUAAAGUUCACGUGUAUAAACACAUAGCGUUUCCAUAUGUAUAGUAGGGUGGCCGCAAUUCAGGUCACUUUUUUUUGCAAAUUCCUUCGCGGAAACAUCAUCAACAUCAAAAAAAAAAAUAAAA